AUGUUUUCUUUCGACCAGGCCUCCUUGCCGCAAAUCACAACACGCAAAGCCCUCAUCGGAGUGGACUUUCAAGAGGACUUCAUAUCCAAAGAUGGCGCUUUACCUGUCAACGAACCAGAGGGCUUUGUUGAGCGUACUGCCAAACUCUCAGAGGCGUUUCGGGAUGUAGGUGAUGUUGUCUGGGUCCAGUCUCAGUUCAGCGAAACGCGACAUGCACCAGAGGAAGAUAUUGUUAUCACCGACAAGGCGCCCAAAUCAACACAAGGGUUUUCACGAGGUCGUCCAAGCCCCCCCGAAAAGAUAAUCGAGGCUGGUGGCCCGCCAGACAAGGAAGCUUUCCUCAGUCAUGAGGAUGCUGUGUGCGUUAAAACCGACACGCCUGGCUGCCGGAUUGCCUCGGUCAUCGAAGACUCGAUGCACAAGACAGACGCAAAGCUUUUUAAAUCUCACUACUCGGCCUUCCAGUCAACUCAUCUACUGCGCGUUUUGCGAGCUAAGAUGGUCAUGGAGCUUUUCAUUUGUGGAUCAUUGACCAAUGUUGGUGUGUACGCGACAGCCCUAGAGGCUGCCGGACAUGGCAUGGCCAUUACCAUUGUUGAUGACUGCUGCGGUUAUCGCACCGAGUCAAGGAAGAGUGCAGCAAUAGCCUCUCUGAUCGAACUCACCGGGUGUGAGAUCGCUUCAUACGACGAGGUGAUGGAGGUAAUACAGCCCAAGCCGAAACCUCCUAAAUCACGAAGCACCCGACCACCUACCUCAUCAAAGGCUUUGGAACAGCCGCAGACCGUCAAGCCAGGUUCCAAAGAAGUCAAGGGUCGCGAGAAGAGUACUACCCCAGAUUUUGUCAAAGACAUGACAAGCCUUCGGCUGGCUUCAGAUUCACCAAGUCCUGCACUCUCAUCAACUACAUCCCCACCAAAGGUCUUGUCAAUAGGUGCAGUAGAAGGCCAUGACUCAAAAACCAAGUUGCCCAAGACCAAAGAGCCCGAUAGCGUGAACCAGGCUAUGGCGAGUGGGGCGCCCGACAUUGCACAGCUCGAGAAUUCAUCUACAAAUGGUAAGAUUGCGGAUACAGUGGAAGAUAGGGCAGAUCAAGCAACCACCCUGCUGCAAAGUACUGACAAAGUAUCUGCCAUCAACUCGUACCGUUCAGAGGGCUCUGUCAAAGAUAAAGAUGAAGAUCAUCGUGAUCAGCCACCAACCCCAGCAAACAAAAUACAGAGCGAGCCAAAGCCCAUCCAAACAACUCCCGCCUUGGACGAUAAACAGAAUGAAGAAAAGGCCAAGGAGUCGACAACUCCAACACACAAGAUGCAGGAAACUCCGGAAGACAAAAAAACAAUAGCAAGCUAUGACGAUAACCUUGGAAAAAGGGGGCUUUGCGAAGGUGAUACCGAUAUCAUCGAGAAUGCCCUCCCUGAUUCUCUAGCCGACGGCAUAUUCGAUAAGCUACGUGGGGAGGUCCAAUGGCAACAUAUGUCCCAUCAGGGCGGGCAAGUCCCACGACUUGUCGCAGUGCAGGGUGAAGUUGGUUCAGACGGAAGCAUCCCAGUUUAUCGACACCCAUCCGAUGAAUCACCACCACUGCUACCGUUUUCCCCGACCGUUCAGGCCAUCAGGACCGAAACAGAGAAGCACUUGGGCCAUCCCUUGAACCACGUACUGAUUCAAUACUAUCGAGAUGGUACCGACUACAUCUCCGAACACAGCGAUAAGACCUUGGAUAUUGUCAAAGGAUCCUAUAUCGCCAAUGUGAGCCUGGGUGCUGAACGAGUCUUCACGUUCAGGACGAAGAGAAAGGACAAAGACGCUGCUCAAGAUGAAGCAUCAUCGCCAAUAGACUCGAAGAGAACGAUUCAGCGUGCCAAACUCCCACACAAUUCACUGUGUCGAUUAGGUCUGCGUAGCAAUAUGAAGUGGUUGCACGCUAUUCGCCAGGAUAAGCGCCCCAAAAAAGAAAAAUCUGAGGCAGAACUUGCUUUUGAGGGAGGCCGGAUAUCUCUAACCUUUCGACAUAUUGGGACCUUUUUGAACCGCGAGGAGACUCUUAUCUGGGGCCAAGGCGCCAAAGCCAAGACCCGUGACGAGUCUCAUCCCGUCAUCAACGGCCAAUCCUCCGAAGCCAUUGAGAUGCUGAAGGCUUUCGGAACAGAGAAUCACGCCACAGAGUUUGACUGGGAUGCGUAUUACGGAAAGGGAUUUGACGUGCUGCAUAUGAGCAACGCGCCUCGUUUCUUUGCUUGCCGCGACCCAAUUACCAACAUGCGCAUUACUAUGAUGUUGGCCGAGUUUGGUGUAAACCAUGCAAAAGGAAGUAUAACAACAGGAUCCGAGCCGUUGAGCUCUGAUAAUCUCGUCGUUAAGUUUGUGGACAAGGAUAAAUCUAUUGUGCAAGGUGAUUUUGCUGUCAUGUUGUACAUCGAUGCUCGCUAUGGCAUCGGUAUUCCUGGCAGCACUCUGCAAGCUCCGGCGGUACUUGCAACCCGACUCACUCGUUUCCAACGUGCUAUGACCUUUUUAGAUACCUGGCGAAACCUGCCCAAGGCCGACGACAAUGGCACACGGGAUAUCAAAUCCCUCAAACACGAACUUGAAGUCUGGGACGGUUUCGCAGAAGACGAUGCGCAACCCUUUAUUGCUGGCACAGAGAUGUCGCUGCCUGACUUCGCGAUCUGGCCAGUUCUUCACAGCAUGGUAGAAGAAGCAGGCCUGAACACUUUUGAUGGUUUAGAAAACCUCAGGGCGUAUUAUGGGAAGGUAGGAGAAAGGCCGAGUACGAGAAAAAUGCUUGGUAGAGAGUAG